AUGGUGUCCUCCCAAUCGAACCGACCACCGGGACACGUUCCGUACGCGCCGCCACAGCAGACGCUCGACGCGUACUGGCGGGACGACUUUCGUCCCUUGCACGCCGCGGGACGCGCCGUCCUACGGGCCUUACGGGACGACGAAGCGGCGCCAGACGCGGACUUGUACCGACGCGUGGCGUCGAGUGGGAGUCCGGGAGCAGCGGGCUACUACCACGCCGGCGGCGGUGGCGUGCCGACGUCGCCCCGUCCCACGACAACCUCCGCGUACGCACCGACGCACGGAGCCGUCGCUCCACCCGUCGCGGCUCUCCGGCACUUGCGCUCCGUGCCUCUGUCACCGAUACUCCGACAGCAGUUGCAAAAGACGAAACGGGGAUCGCUCAUGGGAUUGCUCCGGGAAGCCAAUUUGGCUUGGAUGUCUUCGGAUGAUAAGCUCUUUUUGUGGAGCACUCGCGCCGGCGCCAAUGGAUCCUCUUUUUGCAGCUUUGUGACUCCCAGUGGACAGUCGAUCGUGUCUGUAGGGAUUGCUCCACCCAAAAAGGGCGUGUUUAAAUCAAACGUACAAUGGUGCUUGAUUGUCACCACUUUGGACGAAAUCCUCUUGUGCGCCUUGGCUCGUACGACAGAGACUGAUGCUUCUGGAGCCGCUAGUUUCGAUCACGGACCCGACCGGGCUCUCCAGCUCGUCCCCACUUCCUUUACCAUGCCCACCGACAUGGUUCGUAUGUUGUCCGUCGUGGGAACACCCACGGGACGGAUCUUUCUCGGUGGCGAAGACGGUUGUGUUUACGAAGUUACGUACGAAAUUGGACCGCUUUCGGAUCCGCAGCAAUUGCCACUCCACGAUCGACUGGAACUCUUUUACGACGGUGACCUGGACCUCCCGUCCGUUGUAGAAGAUCAUCACGAGACAGCCGGGACGAGCUUCUUGGCACGGGGCAAGCGUCUGUGGUUCAGCGAUGAUCGCAAUCACCAAACAACAGCUCGUCCGCGUAAGUGUCGGAAACUCAAUCGCUCUUCCAACGUUUCGGCCGUAGCGAAUGCGCUCCUACCUGAUUUUCUCUUACAGGGAACCUCGGCCUUAUUGGGGGGUAAAAACGCCACGGGCGGGGGGAAAAUUGUACAAAUGGUGGUCGACGCCGAACGGCAAUGCCUGUACACGCUAGCAUCCAACGGUUGGAUCGGUGCCUUUGAUUUGGCCAAGAACGAUGCCCUGCCCCUGACGGCUGCAGCAGAUGUGGCCAAAACGGCACGACUUUACCUGGAAGCCGUCUCGCGGGGUCAAAUGCUACCACCGUCUAGUCAUCAGCGCUCCGUGGCUAAAAUUAGUUUUCCCGGUGGCGGUAGCGCGGCCCAAGCUGGCGUGGGCGGCAUGGAAGGCGCACGCACUAUUCUUAAAUUGGCGGAGGCCGACGCACCGCGACGCGCACGCCAAGACACGACGGGUGGCAUCUUGCUACCACGAUCCAUUCAUGUAAUUACUCGACGGGAAAGUUCUAGACUGACCCUGGUGGCCGUCACAGAGGGAGGGUUGCGACUAUACCUGUCGUCUCUGUCCUCGCAAGUUUUGGCCAGUGGCCCAGUGGAUGGAUUCGGUCCGAUAAGACCGUUGGCGCCGUCGACUCGGUUGACGCUCUGCCAUGUUCGUGCACCACCUCCAGCAGAUAUGAAAGCGUCACAGGAUAACGGGGCCGUCAACCUGAACAUCAACGGCAGCGUUGCUCCGAAAAUCGCUCGGGACAAGAUACCUCGGGUUGAUGCAAGUUUCUAUAGCCAGGGCGUUUUUGUGGUGGCCAUGGAGCCACCGCUAUCGUCCAACGAGUUGGCGGGCCGGCAGGUUGGUGAUCAAAUUCUGGCCACCUGCCCUGAUGCGAUCGCGCGCUUGCCAGAAACGAACGACACCAACGGAAUUCGUGAACUACAGGCCCUUUCAACAGUGUCCUUAAGCUCACAAUCCUCUCAACAACUAGUGGCGCCAGGUGGUAUCUGCGAAACUUUUUCUGUGCCCACAACUUCAUCCUACGGCGAAACCGCCAGAAAUGUCGAUGCAAUGCUUCCGGGUGGACUCGUGUGGGAUAUUGCUCCUAUCACCGACGAAACCAGCGAUCUUCUCUUGAUGCUGAGCAGAUCUCAGACUCCGUCUGAUUCAGAGCUCGACUUGGGAAUACCUCCAACAUUCUUUCCUCCUUCUAAGAUUCGAGCCGACGUCUCGACGUCGAAGGAAAUCCAACAGGCUACCAAGGGUACCAUGGUUCACAGCAACUCUGUUGCCUCCGUCGCGCUGACGGUGGCGACGACCGCUGUUUGGAAUCUUAUGCUUUCCCGUCCACUUCGAUACGGUAUUACAUACGACACAUCGUCGCCGCUUCCCUCUCUGGGAAAAAGUCAGGGCCCUGAGUACAGGCUUUCGAAGAGAAAUGCAUCACAGGGAUUCAGCGCGACAGCAAGUGAAAGAAGCGGUCGAUACAACAUAUCUCCCUCCGCUACGUCUUCAGCCACAAGUAUACCUCGUUCGGCUCGGCUUCGAUCGUGGCUUUUACAACCACCAGUGGCCCCUUUGAAUCAAUUUGCAACACAGCAUUUAGAGUCGGGAAGGGAGUUUGUAGUAUUGAAUGUGGGUGGCCUUCACUUCUUCGGCUUCAAGUCACUUAUGUCGAGCUUGGUCAGUGUCUUGAUGGCCGCCGGUGAAAAUAUAGUUCAUGACUCGUCUAUUACCAGCUUCUUUUCCAGCUAUGGAUACAAAGAGGGAUGCGCUAUGUGCCUUGCUAUUGCCAUUGGAUCUGGACCAACCCCACAAGAAACUGGCGUCAGCGAACAGCUUCGGCGACGUGCGUGCGAGGCUGCUUUAGCCCGAGCUUUCGUUCCCAAGCUUGUGCCGCAUGCUGAUCCCAAUCUGAAUACGAGCUCAUCGAUUGGAAGCAUGCCUGUCUCUAAGGAUGCCCUGGUACCCCCCGGGUAUGACUUUAAGCCAUCAGCACUCAGCGAAGGUCUCACUCUUCUCUUUGCUCGACUUGUACGGCCAAUGUGGCACAAGCCAGGUGUUGUCAUUACGGAGGGCCGCUCGGUCAAAAGUACUUGGUCCAUGGGUAAGGGAACCCGAUGGACGCCAGCAAAAGUUGAAGUUCUGUUUGAUCCAGAUGGGCUGGAAAGGAUAAAGACCCCUUUACGAAACCUUUUGGUAUUGGUUCGAAAUGUUUUUUCGCGGGCCAUUAAGACUGUUCCAGGAAAGCAGCAAAACCAAGAUAGCUCCAUGGAUAUUGACGAUUCCGAGGGGCAUCACCAAUAUUUGACUCAGGCACUGGAAUACCAGAGCCAUCUACGUUCUGGAAACACUCUAGUUUCGGCGCAGCUCUCGCCAAGAGAGGCUGAACAUUUGGCUCAUUUGAUUGAAGAAAAGAAUAUUCACUCGUUGUAUCGAUUACUCGCUCGCACAAUUCAGCUGCUCAAUUUGAUAGCUUUGCUUCAUCGUGUGCAGGAAAUGACAGAGCUUCGAGAGAUCGACUGGGGGCUCCUACAUGGAUUGACAAUUGCGCAAUUGGUUGAAACUUCCGAAGGGCAAGACCGACUUGAAAAUUUGUUGAAUUCUCUUGUUACAGCUUCAGUAUCAAGCAAGUCUGCGUUCGUUGUCCCUUCCGCACAGACGGACCGCAUAGCCAACUUAUUUGCCGAGCAAUGUUAUCUAUUUUUCUCUCCAGGCUCUCGGUUUGCUUACAUGGGCCUCCGUUUGGCAGCCGAAGCGUUAUCGUCUUCGCAACUUCUUUCUUCGAGACGUUUAGCUCUUACUCAGCAAGCUGCCUCAAAUUUUCGGAGCGCAGCAGGUCAUUGGUACAGUGCACCUCUCAUAACUGGCAGAAUCCUUCAUCAACGGAGACAGGAGUCUCAUAGCGAGAUCGCCAAUCGCGCCUUACAGUAUGGGAGUCCGCUCGCGAAAGCUGCACAGUCCCUUAUGCAGCUCGAAGAUGUUGCGAGUAUUGUUGAGAUAUGUUUGCUUACAGCAGCAAACUUCAAAAGUGAAGUCCCGUCUACCAGCUCUUCGUCUGUACUAACGAGCUCGACAACUGGGUCUGCUUCCUCUCUCUCUUGGGAGCAGCAUCUUUAUCACAAGAGGCGCGAAUCGGACCAGGCUGCUUCUGCGCAAGCUACAUCUUCCACGUCGUCAACAUUUGCUCACGGUACUUCCGUCACUGCAAAAGAUGCAAUCGAUACCUGUUAUGCUCUAGUUUUCCACCAUAUGACAGUUUUGCUGAAUACUCAACCUGAACUUGCCGACCGUAUGGUAUCAGCUAGCGCAGCUGCUUCGGAUCGUCAGUUUCUUGCUGCAUUUUUUAGACAGUUGGUCGAUAGCAACCAUGUAAAUACCUUACUACGCCUCGAUAGCCCCGAUCUCGAGAAGUGGCUACGCGAGCGGGACGAUCCAGAUCUGCUCUGGCGAUACUUUAAUGUUCAAUUGAAGCAUAUAGAAGCCGGCCAAAUCUCGUGGGAUCAUGCCAGCAACAACAACCUUCAGCUUUCUCUAACAGAAAGAAUUGAGAGUCUUUCGCGUGCUUUAAAUUCGUUCAAGGCGGCUUUGUCUGACGGCCAACGACCCACACAUUCCUCUUUAUCAUCCGAAGAUAUCGCGCAAAAGGUCAAGGAAGUGAGCGAGACACUUGAUCUCGCUCGCAUCCAGAGCCGUGUUCUUCGGGCCGUAGAUUCCUCGAAGCCAAAUUUUCCGCCUGAGGUGACAUCCGAGAAAUACAGUCAAUUAUGCUACACAUUGACACCCGUCUCGGACUUGUACAAUGAUUUUACAUCCGCGAUUCCACUUUGGGAUCUAUGUUUGCAUAUCCUUCAUGCAUGCCGUCACACGGAAAUGAGCACAAUCCAAAAGGCUUGGACUUUUUUGAUAUGCGAAGAUGUCUUGCCGUGUGCAACACGAGACGAAGUCGCCUAUCGCUUUCUUAACUCUUUUGCUGCCGACGUUGACCUAGGGGAUGGUGUACAGCUGUUGCGCGGCGAAGAAAGCAUGGACGACGGAAUCCUGUUGUUUGAAAAUGGAGACUGGGCCAACCUUUUGAGACAACGUAUCGUCGAACUUGGGCGGGAGCUGUACGGAACUGGAGCAGACUAUGUGUUCCCACUCGAUUUUUUGAUGCUUGCUUUGGAAGGCCUAGCAAGCCAUUGCUCAUCGAUUUCGUCGGCCGGGUGGGCUUUGGCUGUGAUGGCCGAUGCUGGAGUGCCAUACAUAGCGAUUUUGGGCUCGUAUGAAGUGCUUACUGAAUCGCAGGACCAAGUAGUCGUGGGCGGCGAUAGCCGACAUCGACUUCGCAACCUAGAAGCGACAUUGGAUUUGCUUCAGCACUGGGCGACAUCUGCACAAUCUAGCGGACUAGCGGCAAGCAAUGAUGUCGAGACGGCACUUUCGGAGCUCCGACGGGCGACAGCAUCUGGUAGACUUCGUCCAAAGAUUGAAGCGCUUAAGGGAAAAUUGGAAGCCUCAUCAGGAACGGCAAACCUGUUGGAUCGUCUGUCGUCUAUUGAAGAGGCCUUUCAGUACAUGUCCCAGUAA